GUGAGAAUAAGCUGUAUGGAAGAAAAGGCCAUCGCUGAGGGAAGAAUGUUUCAGUAGCUGGGUAAAACUCUUCAGGUUGCCAUUCAGUGUCCAGCGUAAACAUCUAGGGACAGUCGACAAAUCUACCUUUUCAGAGGCUUUCCAAACUAAAAUUGGCUGCGGAAGAGUGCUGAAAGGCAGGCGGACAAAUGGAUAUCAGAUCAAUUUAUUUGUUACUCUCUCUGUGUGGGCCGACUUGGGCCUUCACAAUGGACUUGGACUAUGGAGGUGUACCACUCUGGAUCAACCGUUUUUUGGGCGAGCCGAGUGUUUUGACUUUGAAAGAUCGGAUGGAUCCAGGCUGGUUUCGCGCUGUGAACGCACAAAGUUGUCCAUUGGAGUGUGACUGCCCGAUCCAGUGGCCAACGGCCCUUUAUUGUGACCACAGGGGCCUUAACCAGCUUCCCUCUGACCUUCCGUCCCGCAUACAGUACCUGUUCCUCCAAGGAAAUAAUAUUGCUUUCCUUGGAUACGGGGCGUUUGCCAAUGCCACCAACUUGCGUUGGUUGAUCUUGGAUCACAAUCAACUACUGAGUGAACAACUCGAUAAUGUGUUGUUCUCCAAUCUGACCCGAUUGGUAAAUCUUUUCAUAAACAAUAAUAACCUGACAAAGGUGCCAGCCAGACUGCCUAGCGGACUCAAGCAACUGCGACUCGCAUAUAAUCACAUCGAAAAGAUUUCUGCAGAUGCAUUCCAAAAUCUGGCCAAUUUAACAGUACUUCUGUUACAAGGCAACCGUCUGAAGAUUAUUGAAGGGAGUGACUUAAAAGGUCUUGGAGGCCUCAACCUCUUGGAUCUCAGUCACAACCUCCUGGAUACUUUCCCCAAACAUCUGCCUUCAUCUGUCCAGCAGCUUUACCUAUCCAACAACUCUCUUACAAGCCUGACCGAGAACAGCCUUCAUGGUUUUAAUGGACUCCGUUACCUACGGCUCGGACACAACAAAUUGAGGAAUGAAGGGCUUGACCCUGGAGCCUUUAACCUCACAUCUCUGGUAGAGCUGGACCUUUCAUAUAACCAGCUAACAGAAAUCCCAACCGUUCCCACCACCCUUCAGUACCUCUACCUUGAGGUUAACCAAAUUCAAGCGUUCAACGUGAGCAGUCUCUGCAGGACAGUAGGACCCACAUCAUAUUCACGUAUGAAGAUCCUGAGGCUGGACGGAAAUAAACUGGAGUACCACAAGCUGCCUCCUGAUUGGGUGUUCUGCCUACGAGUCCUUCAUAACAUUUAUAUUUGACCUUUUAAUAGGUUUUUAAAUAGCACGCAAUAUUAUAUUAUAACAUAAUAUGUAUAUUUAGUCUACAUCAGAAAGCAUGACAGCAGAAUGAACUGCUUAGUAUUCAAGGUGCUACUGUUUUGAAUAAGCAUGUUGUAAAUUAUCUUAUGUUUUAAUAUUUUACUCUGGAUUUACUGUAUGGGCAUACUUUGUUUUGAUGUACAGUGCAAGUCUUGUGCCUUGUCCUAGUCUUCACUUCAAAUGUUUUAAGGACAUAAUGAGAACUGAUCUAACUGUUAACUGUUUAACUGUACACUUGUUUGCAAAAGUGUUGCAGACUUAUGAGCAUAAGAAACGUUGUUCAAAAUCAUUACAAAAUCUUACCAACCCCAAACUUUCGAAGGCUAUUUGUUACCUAUAGUCUGGAAAAUUAAUAUUACAUUGCUGUGGCACCUCUGUAAGAUUACAAUGCAUUUCCGUCUAAACACUUGUAUGGUGACAAGCAAUAAAUCUCUUCCAUGUUAAUCCUA